AUGCCGCAGUAUUCUUUCUUCGCAUUGCUGCUUGCAGCCACCGUGCCGGCCGUUUUGGCCGACGGGCCUCCAGAAAUGAUGGGCGAAAAGUUCAACGGCCUCCACGUCUUGGACUCGCCUGGCGGACUCCAAAAUCUGGUCGGGUCAUCCUACACCAAGAGUAAAUGGCCAUGGGGAACUGUCCCAAAGCUCUGCCAUGAUACGUCUGUCAUCAACAACUACUGCAACCCGUACGAUCUCGAAGUGUACGAUAUCACAUACUCGGACUGCGCCAUUCCCACCACGGUCUGCCGAUGCAACAACUCGCCCAUGACAAUCGACACCAUUGCGCAGCGGGUCGGCCAACUCCCCAUCAAGGCUCGCCAGUGGAAUGGCUAUGUCUCCAGCUUUGCAGGAGACUACUGCUCAGCCUACAGCGACAGCUACCACAACUACUUCUUCGGCGACUGCAGCGAUAAAGAGUCCGUGUUCUUCCAUGAACUCAGCCAUAACCUUGACCGUCACAACUGGAAGGAUACCGUUCUCAAGGGAAGUUGCGUCGCAGACAACUACGCUAAGCAAACCUGGCUCGAGUCAUAUGCCCAGGUGGGAGUCAUGGCUGGAUACCAUGCUACGGUGCAGUCCAUCUAUACCAGCCACGAUGUCAGCUGCAUGGUCGAUCAGGUCAACAAGGUGGUUGGACAGUUGAACAGCCUGUGGCGUAAGCAGCCCGGACAGACGUGCGAUCGUUACUGGAUCAAGGAUACUACGGUUUGCAUGGGGCCUGCUGCAAAGGACAGUGGCAACUGCCCCGGGUUCAGAGCUGCUGAUGCGCCGGAGGAGGUCGAGGGAGUCGUGGCCGUGAAGGCAGAAGUGUUGCCGGACGAGAAGCAGAAGAAGCACGACGCCCUGGUCAAGGAACUUCAGCACCACGCCGAGGUCGCGGCCGGCAUUUCUCCCGCAAAGCCGGCGGCCGAGAAGAAGACCAAGGGUAAGAAGGGUACCAAGUUCAGGGUCUAA